AACCGUUAACCACUGUUGAAUGAACUCCACCGGAAGACACACCGACGCGAAUGUUUCUCUGAGAUCUGCUAGACAACUAUUUGUUAAGAUGUGGAAAGCAUUGCUGGACAGGGCUGUCCGUCUGCAGCAGGACCUCCAUCACUUCACUAAGCUCUAUGAUCAAAUCAUGCUGUUUGUGCUCUUGAUGAACACUACAACACAAGUGGCAAUGACAUUUCAAGGUCUCGCACCAGCUUGUGUUUAUGAAGCACUGGAGGCAGUCUUCUUGGCUUUUUAUACGAUGGAGUGCGUGUUAAAGCUCAUAAGUUUUGGCUUAAAAUACUUCAAAAGCAUGUGGAAUAUUCUGGAUUUCUCGGUCACUUUGGUAGGGUUGCUAGACCUUUUUCUGGACAGCAAACAGUAUGAUAGUGAGCGUUUCACCACUUUUUUCCACCUCCUUAAAAUGUUCAAAGUGUGUCGAGCAUUCAGGAUCUUACGCACACUGCGGUUUUUCAGUGGUCCCAAGGUCAUCAUGAAAGUAAUAGGAAAGUCUUUGAAGAUGAAUGGAAUCAUCUUCGUGCUCAUGUUUUGCAUCUUUGUCAUGUUUUCCAUUCUUUUCCGACAAAACUUAAGCAAGUCCGACCCAAAGCGAUUUGGUUCCAUGCUCAAUACCAUGUCUACACUCCUCCAGCUGUUGACACUUGAUGACUGGAUUAACGUCUAUUACACCAGUCGAGACAAUGGUGCACCUGAUGUUAUCAUCUUCAUCGUCUUGUACAUCUUGACUGAAUACUACAUCCUUUUAAGGUUUUCAUUGACACCGUUCACACUUACUGAACAUGUUCACAUUCAGAACAUGGUUGAGGAACAGCCAUCGCCGAUCCAGACGACAGAGCAAAUCAAGAGUGAGCCGACUGACGACCAGACAACCAAGGUUGCUUUCUCAGAAAACUAUUUUAUUGAAGGGAAGAACAUUCGGAUGGAACACUGUUUGAGGAUCCUGGAAGCUCUGGAGAAGAAUCAGCAGUUGUUUCGGAAACAAACCAAUUACCUUUACAGGCUGGUUGACAGCACUGAAAUGGGACCUUCUUUUUACCGUAGAAAGGAAGCAGAUGAGGAUGAACUAGAGGACAGCCAUUGAGAAGAUGGUCUCAUGUAGUAUAUUCACAAUAUAGUAUAUAUGUGGAAUAUAUUCUUUCUCUCAAUUAUAAUAUAGCAUAGCUUGUGUUUAUGCGAGUAUGAUGAGCGUGUUUAGCGUGUUUCCUGCUCUACAUCAGUAUGUGGGAAGCAUUGAUUUCAAUUGUUUGCUGUAAACUAACAGGGUGAGUAAGAAAGAAGCACUUCCAGGGACAGGACAGGGUGCUCUGGUCCCAGGGCAGCUGAUACAGGAGCACUGGAACAACAUCUUAUGUGGUGACCUGCAGGAAGAAAAAGGAUUUCUGGUAAUAAGGCAGCCAACACAAGGAGCUCUGGCACAGAGAGCACUGGGACAGGCAUGACAACACAUCACUAGGAGCUCAAACUCUGGGCAGGCGUUUUGGGUUGUUCACGGCAGGAACUUUUUGGGACCUCUUGUAUUGGUGCAGCCGAGAGUACUGGGUGGUCUUUUCAGGCACUACUGAUACUCAGAAAACAUCACAUAGAGCACUGAGUUUGGGACAGCCAUGAGAUGCAGCCAUAACAGAA